CACUCAGACUCCGCCAUGUUGGGGUUUGUGGGUCGUGUGGCAGCCGCCUCGGCUUCUGGGGCCUUGCGGGGCCUCGGCCCUUCAACAUCGCUUCCCCAAACCCAGCUCUUGCUGCGGGCCGUCCCCGCAGCGCUGCAGCCUGGCAGAGACUAUGCGGCCCAAACAUCUCCUGCACCAAAGGCAGGCGCUGCCACCGGGCGCAUCGUGGCGGUCAUCGGGGCGGUGGUGGACGUCCAGUUUGACGAGGGCCUACCCCCGAUCCUAAAUGCUCUGGAAGUGCAGGGCAGGGAUACCAGACUGGUCUUGGAAGUAGCCCAGCAUUUGGGUGAGAGCACAGUAAGGACCAUUGCUAUGGAUGGUACCGAAGGUUUGGUCAGAGGUCAGAAGGUCCUGGAUUCUGGAGCACCAAUCAAAAUUCCUGUUGGUCCUGAGACCUUGGGCAGAAUCAUGAAUGUCAUUGGAGAACCCAUUGACGAGAGAGGUCCUAUCAAAACUAAACAAUUUGCUCCUAUUCAUGCUGAGGCUCCUGAGUUCAUGGAGAUGAGUGUUGAGCAGGAAAUUCUGGUUACUGGUAUCAAGGUUGUGGAUCUACUGGCUCCCUAUGCCAAGGGUGGCAAAAUUGGACUUUUUGGUGGUGCUGGAGUUGGGAAGACUGUACUGAUCAUGGAAUUGAUCAACAAUGUUGCCAAAGCCCAUGGUGGUUACUCUGUGUUUGCUGGUGUUGGUGAAAGGACCCGUGAGGGCAAUGACUUAUACCAUGAAAUGAUUGAAUCUGGUGUUAUCAAUUUGAAAGAUGCUACCUCCAAGGUGGCGCUGGUGUAUGGUCAAAUGAAUGAACCUCCUGGUGCUCGGGCCCGAGUAGCUUUGACUGGACUGACUGUAGCCGAAUACUUCAGAGACCAAGAAGGUCAAGAUGUACUUCUGUUUAUUGAUAACAUCUUUCGCUUUACCCAGGCUGGCUCAGAGGUUUCUGCCUUACUGGGCAGAAUCCCUUCUGCUGUGGGCUAUCAGCCUACCUUGGCUACUGAUAUGGGUACUAUGCAGGAGAGAAUCACCACCACUAAGAAAGGAUCCAUCACCUCUGUACAGGCUAUUUAUGUGCCAGCUGAUGAUUUGACUGAUCCUGCUCCUGCUACUACCUUUGCCCAUUUGGAUGCUACAACUGUAUUGUCCCGAGCCAUUGCUGAGCUGGGAAUCUAUCCAGCUGUGGAUCCUCUAGAUUCCACCUCUCGCAUUAUGGACCCCAAUAUUGUUGGCAAUGAACAUUAUGAUGUUGCCCGUGGGGUGCAAAAAAUUCUACAGGACUACAAAUCUCUCCAGGACAUCAUUGCUAUCUUGGGUAUGGAUGAACUUUCUGAGGAAGACAAGUUGACUGUGUCCCGUGCACGGAAAAUACAGCGUUUCUUGUCUCAGCCAUUCCAGGUUGCUGAGGUUUUCACGGGUCAUAUGGGGAAGCUGGUACCCUUGAAGGAGACCAUCAAAGGAUUUCAGCAGAUUUUAGCAGGUGAAUAUGACCAUCUCCCAGAACAAGCCUUUUAUAUGGUGGGACCCAUUGAAGAAGCUGUGGCAAAAGCUGAUAAACUGGCUGAAGAACAUUCGUGAGGGGGUCUUUUGGUUGGGCAAAUUGUCCACUGUGCUUUUCAUCUUCUUGCCCCUUGUCCAGAAAGCUUCCAUUUUCUGUGUAAGCCACAUGAGAAUGAAGAUGUUGUGUUGUCUAAUGAAUAUUUAAAGUUUCCAAUAAAAUGUACAUCC